AUGUUCUCUGAGUUUUCUCCGAGUGUUCUCCGAGUAUUCUCCGAGUGUUCUCCGAGUGUUCUCCGAGUGUUCUCCGAUCGCUCUCCGAGUGUUCUCCGAGUAUUCUCCGAGUGUUCUCCGAGUGCUUUCCGAGUGUUCUCCGAGAAUUCUCCGAAUCCCCGCCCCGCCUUUUUAGCCAUUCUUUCAGACGAUAUAAAGGCGACAACAGAAGGACAGACGAUACUAUUUGACGAUGUUGUCACCAACAUUGGAUCAGCAUACAACGGCAAAACAGGCACGUUUACCGCCCCAAUAGAAGGCCUGUAUCUGAUCUCUGUCAAGAUCACAGGCUAUUUUAAAUCUACAGCUAGCAGUGGGUCAACCAAUCAAUACGAACUGAAAAAGAACGACAAUUUGUAUCUACGACUUAAUGUGAACGUGAACGCAAACACGCAUUGGUAUGAUUCGUCCAGUGUCGUUACCGUCAUGGUGCUUGGAAAAGGCGACCGUGUUAAUGUUGAGAGUGUAUACUCGGAGAAAUAUGUCGAAGGCAGCGAAAGGAACACGUUCUUCUCCGGAUUUCUUAUUGAGUGACAA